UCAGAAUGGGUAUCGGAUGUUCUUCCUUUCACUGCCAUAAAUUAACACGAUCUACGAUCUUGGAUCUUUCUGAGAACAGCGAUGAAAGCCGAAAAGAAGAGAAAGUGCUUCAUUCUAAAGAAUUGCUUCGUGUUGUUAACGAUGUCAAAGAUAAAGGAAUAAAGGUACUCCGCGUGGAAUUUACUGACAUCAAUGGCAUCACGCGAUGUAAGAUGGUAGCCGUAAACACUCUGGAAGAACUGUCAUCGACCCUAAAGAAAGGGGUCCUCUUUUCUCCGAUUUGCUUCAUGAAAGAUCCGGUAGGAGAAGGAUUCGAAUGUGAUUUCAAGAAAAACUAUUGGUUCUCUGAUAUGUGUGCGCUUCCAGAUCUGCGCACCAUUCGGGUUAUCCCUUGGCUUGAGGAUACGGCAGCGAUCUCAACAGUACUCUAUCACCUUAAUAUGAAAGACCCCGUGGUUGAGCAUCCGAGAAACGUGGCGAACAAGCAACUCCAACGUUUGAAGGGUUUGGGGUUAUCACUGUUGAGUGCCUACGAAUUGGAGUUCCGUCUUUGCGGCUCCGACGGUGAACAACUAGUGAAAGAAAGAAUUGGAUUUUGUGCCAGUAGCGUCCUCCUUGUGACGGCCAGGGACUACAUAAAGCAGUUGUUUGACUCUUUGCCGCGGGUAGGGGUAACUGUGGAUGCUAUACAUUCUGAAAGCCCUGACGGAUCUCUUGAAGUGUCUACGAAACCUUCAUUUGGAAUAAAGGCUGCUGAUGAGGCUGUUAUCUGCAAGGAUGCAUGUAGCGAAAUCGCUCUCUGCAACGGAUAUAAAGCACUAUUCAUUGCUGAUCCCGAUGGCACUGGGAGUGGGUUUACCCUUCAUUUGAACCAUUCUCUUUGGGACAAGUCUGGUAACGUGGUAUUCAACGCUACAACUGAUGACCUCAGUGACACGGCUAAGUAUUGGAUUGCUGGUUUGCUUGCUCACGCACGCGCGUUGACACCGCUCAUGGCUUCCACCGUUAGCGGGAUCAAGAUGUUUGGUGCUUAUGAACUGGUCGAUUCGGCAGAACCGUCAUACGUUUCAUGGGGCAAACACAACCGCUCGGCUACUUUCCGCGUCAAGAAGAGCGAUGGGCCGAGUGGAUCGUACAUAGAAAAUCGGCUUGGAAGGAUUGAUGCAGACCCAUAUCUUAUUCUUGCAGGUACCGUUGCUGCAGGACUGGACGGUAUUGUCAACAAGAUACCUCUACCAGAUGAAUGCUUAGGAAACGCCCAUAAGGAUAUCCCUAAAAAUCCAACGAAAGUUCCCUGUGAUAUGAAGGAAGGUCUCGCAGCUUUGGUCCAAGAUAAAGUCCUUUGUGACGCCCUUGGCCAGGAAUUCAUUGACCUUCUUGUUGCUGCAAGAAAACACGAAAUUAGGGUACACAACGAAGACUAGGGAGAAAAUUAGUUUCCAAUUGCAUCUUUUGUAACAUUGGUUGAGGUAACUCUUUCGUGAACAAAGUACUAUACAACAGGAUCACUAUACACUUGCGUGCCAGAAAAGUAAAGCCAUAAAAAAUGAAGUAGAAGCACAAAGUGCCCCCCCCCCUUUCUCAAAAGAAUUUUAUACCCCUUUUAUUUUGGAUAGUACAUGUAUAUUCGUUAACGGUUAAGGGCUUAUAGUCUAUCCAACAAAAAGUUUAUUUGAAUAAAAAGAGAAAAUCCAACAAGCAUAACAACGAAAAUUUCAUCAAAAUCGGA